UGACUUAUUGCUCAUAUGAUUGGUCUUCACAAGCACGAGGACCCGGAGACUCUGUCAAGAACAGCUCUCAUUCGAUUCCAGUACAAUGACCGUCUCUGCCUGACCAAUCGCGGCCAGAUCGCGAUGGCAGCUCCCCGGGCGCAACGCAAUGGCUGUCGCAACCAGAUAAAUUGGUUCAUGACCCCUCACAGAUGGCAAUAAAUACGCUCUGUCUUUUCGUCCUAUUCCCUGUUUACGUUUAACUGGCUCUCAAGAAGAUACUCUACAUAUAAUCAUGGCGUGGCCAAACAAGAACAAGGACAUGCUCUACCGGCGAGUGGGCAAUUCUGGUCUACACGUCUCUGCACUCGGUCUGGGAGGGUGGCUGACUUUUGGCGGUCAUGUCGACAACGAAAUCACCUUCAACUGCAUGAAGCAAGCUUACGACUUGGGGAUCAACUUCUUCGACACAGCUGAGAGCUAUGCGGGCGGACAAUCAGAAAUCGUCAUGGGUCAAGCCAUCAAGAAGUUUGGCUGGAAGCGCAGCGAUCUCGUCAUCAGCACCAAGCUCAAUUGGGGUCUAGCGAAUGGCGAGAUUUUAAUCAAUAACCACGGUCUAUCCCGCAAACACAUCAUCGAAGGCACACGAGCAUCUCUUGAGCGUCUACAGCUCGAAUAUGUCGACAUCAUAUACGCCCACCGCCCCGACCGUCUAACACCCAUGGAAGAGACAGUGAGAGCCUUCAAUCAUGUCAUUGAGAAAGGAUGGGCAUUCUACUGGGGUACAUCGGAAUGGUCUGCGGACGAGAUCAGCGAGGCUUGUGGUAUUGCCAGAGCUCUGGGACUGAUUGCGCCCAUUGUCGAACAACCUCUGUACAACAUGUUGGACCGGCAGAAGGUGGAAGGGCAGUACCAGCGACUGUACUCCCGCUGCGGCAUUGGUUUGACCACCUUCUCACCUUUGAAGAUGGGUCUCCUCAGUGGCAAGUAUAAUGAUGCGACGACGCAGCCUCCACCAGGAUCUCGCUUCGCAGAGAGCAACGACAAGUUCGCAAGCAGCGUGCGCAGAGACUGGGAGAACGAGCAAUGGGCUGGGAAUAUCAAGAAGAUCGUUGGAUUGAAGGAGGUUGCGGACAAGAUGGGCGUCAAGCUGUCGCAAUUGGCUCUGGCAUGGUGUCUCAAGAACGAGAAUGUCUCCGCUGUGAUCACCGGCGCCUCUCGGCCAGAGCAGGUUGUUGACAAUGUAGAGAGUCUGAAGUUACUCCCACGUCUGACACCGGAGAUCAUGGCCGAGAUUGAUGAGUAUUUGCAGAACAAGCCAGACCAGGACCCAGCCAGACAGGAUUAGCCAACUAUCAAUAAUGUG